GAACCUGCGACUAUGGGUUGCCUUGCAGUUGAAUGUUAGCCUUCAGUUGUAGAGUCGAGUGUCUCGUCGGUGGUUCGUUAGCGAAGCUUACGAAGCUUUUUUUUCGUAGCUGGCUGGCUGGCUGGGUCGCGUGCAUUUUCUCCAAUCUUUUUUUAUUUUCCUCCCUCUUUUUCAACCCCAUUUCCAUCUUUCCCCCUAAUUUUUUGUUGUUUCCAAAGUCCUUCAUUUCAACAUUGGGAUCCUUAAAAAAGAAAACGAGUUGAACACGAAAAAUUCAGAAUCUUUAAAAAAAAAAAACCCACUUCACGUUUUAUAUUUUAAACUGCGUGUGUUGUUGUAUUAUCGAUUCCCAGUCGAAAAAAGAAGUUUUCCUUCUCGUGUCUGUGUGUGUGUGUGCGAGAACAAACGCCAUGGCGUCAUCUGAGAUCAGUAGCUGAAAAAAACACGAGUUUGCCCCUAAAAAUCAAGAAAAACAGAAUUUUCAGCCUCGCCACACGCACCAAAUGGAAUUGCAGUUUGCAUUUUGAUCGAAAACAUCAUUGGUGUGUGCGUUUUUGGCGCCCGAAAUCGCGAAAACGAAGGGAACAUUCGAAACAAUUGAGAAGCAGAAGACACACGAGAUCCAAUGGCCGCCGCCAGAACGAGUCUGCACAGUUCAGUUGCAACUGGUCCCAUGUUUGGAUUAAUUUUAAUGAUGGCGUGGUGGUCGACGUGUUGGGCGUCGUCGUGGCAAGAAAAUGUCAGGCCCAUCAUGACCGUUUCUUACGGAGCUGACGAAGCGGUCCGUUUCCAAGGCAACACGACCAGCAAAGAUCACUUCCGGUUAUUGCAGUCGGAUGGAGAAUUCGUCCUCGUCGGUGCCAGGAACGCAGUCUACAAUUUGAGCAUGCCGACCAUGGUGGAGAACAAGAAAGUGGAAUGGUUCGCCCUGGAAGAUCACGUCAAAAUGUGUCAGCUGAAAGGUCGCAGUGAGGAGGAAUGCCAAAAUUACAUCCGAGUGCUGGCCAUGAAGAGUCCCGGCCGUCUAUUGCUGUGCGGCACUCACGCCUACAAGCCCAUGUGCCGCGAAUACGCCUACAAGGAAGGUGAAUACGUCCUGGAGAAGCAGGUCAACGGCCAGGGCGUCAGCCCUUACGAUCCAUCACAUAACAGCACGGCCGUCCUUGUCGAUGGCGAAUUGUUUGUGGGCACAGUGGCCGAUUUCUCCGGCAUGGAUCCGCUCAUUUACCGGGAACCGUUGCGCACCGAACAGUACGACGCCACCAAUCUCAACGCUCCCAAUUUCGUCAGCUCGUUCGCUCACGGCGAUUACGUCUACUUCACGUUCAGGGAGACGGCCGUCGAAUUCAUGAACUGUGGCAAGACGGUGUACUCGAGAAUCGCGCGCGUAUGCAAAUCGGAUCGUGGCGGGCCGCACAAGUUUCGCUACCGCUGGACGUCCUUUCUGAAAUCGCGUCUCAACUGCUCCGUUUCGGGAGAUUAUCCGUUUUACUUUAACGAAAUCCAAUCGACUGCCGGCCCGUAUGAAAGCCGCCACGAAGGCAAACGCGUCGACAUCAUUUACGCUACGUUUACGACGCCCUCUAACGCCCUGUCCGGCUCGGCCGUUUGCGCUUUCCGGCUGCACGACGUUGAGAAAGUCUUUGACGGCGCCUUCAAAGAGCAGGCCGCUCUCAAUUACAACUGGCUGCCCGUUCCAGCUCACAAGGUACCCGAGCCGAGACCUGGCCAAUGCGUCAACGACUCGCAGACGCUGCCCGACGUCACCCUCAAUUUCAUCAAGUCGCAUUCGCUGAUGGACGAGUCGGUCCCUUCCAUGUUGAACGAGCCACUCAUCAUCCGCACUGGAUUCCAUCACCGGUUCACCAAGAUCGAAGUGGAUCCGCAAGUGAAGACGCCCGAAGGCAAAUACUAUGACGUUCUUUUUAUUGGCACAGAUAAUGGCAAAGUGAUCAAAGCCAUCCGCACCGAUUCGGGCCAGCAAGUGAUUAUCGAGGAGAUGCAAGUGUUCCCCAUUUCGGUGCCCGUCACCAACAUGAUGAUCCAUCGCGGCAAGAUGGGCGGCAUCGACGGAGCGUCUGAAGAGGCCCGGCUCGUCGUGUCCUCGCAGGGCGAAAUCGCUUCGCUCAAACUGCAGCGUUGCUACAGCGACAAGGUGUCCACUUGCAGCGAUUGCGUCAAACUACGUGACCCGUACUGCGCCUGGGACAAGCGCAGGCAAAAGUGCGUGGCCGUCGGGUCGUGGACGUUGGAAGCCAAUCUGUUCCAGAAUGUCAACACGGGAUCGCACGAAUCGUGUCCCGAUUCGACGCACGGCAAAUCGAUGGUCAAGUCGCCGCCCAGUCGCGACAACAGCGCCGGAUACGUGGCCUCUUCCUCGUCGGCUUCCGGCAUGGCGGAAGCGUCGCUCUUCAACGCGGAUUUUCCAGCCGCGCCUCCGUCGUCGUCGGGCCCUUCCAGGAGCGGCAAAUCGUUCGCCACGCACAGCCACGUGGCCUCGGACGUGCCGGACGGCGACAAAGACGACGGAACCGGCGCUGCCGACAUGGACGCCGGAAUGGACGGCAGUUUGGACUUGGACGAUGCGGACGACGAUGUGAGUUCGGUCAGAGGCAACGAUGGGCCCAGGAUCUCGCCCGACGAGUCGCAACCCAAGUACACGGUCGAGACGCUGGCCAUCGCCGUGGCGGCCGGAUCGCUGGCCGCCCUCUUCCUCGGCUUCGUCCUCGGCUACUGUUGCGGCCGCAAGUGCCGCAAAAACGAAGAGGACAACAUGCCCUAUCCGGACACUGAGUACGAGUACUUUGAACAGCGUCAAAACUGCCACAUGCGCAGGUUGCAAGACGAUCCGAAAUUGCUGCCGCAGGAGGAGGCCACCUACGCCGAACCGAUUCUGAUGCCGACGGUGAACAAGACGAUGACGCUGACGCCCAGCAACAUCGUCCAGCACCAGCAGCAGCAGCAACAGCAGCAGACGAACGCCAUGCAUUGCGGUGGCGGAGGUUACAGCGCCACCUCGCCCAAGGCGACACUGCGCAAAGUGGUCAACAAUCACAACUCCGCGCUGACGACGUCCAACAACGCGGCCAACAGCCAAGUAGGUGCCCUUUUCGAAACGUGCCCGUCUCCUUGCCCGUCCAGCGGACUCUACGCGCCGUACAGCGAUCACGGAAACAAUUACGCCACGGCCAACAACGCCACCCUGUCCAGCAAUGCGGUCCGCGAUCCUUACAGCAGCUUCCGCAGUCGAGACGCUUUCGGCGCCGGUUCCAUCAGGAGCCAACACCAGGCCGCCUUCAACGGCCAUCAGCAGCAACAGCUGCCGCCCAUGGGCGGCCUCCAAUCGUUGGGGCCGUUGGACGGCUCGACGGCCCUGUACGGGGGCACGCUACGGUCCAGCAACAAAGCGGCCAAUUUGGCCGAUAAUUACGGAACGGCCCGCAGUGUCAAAAAGGUCUACCUCUAAAUUUAAAAAAAACAAACAAAUGAAAUGAAAUGAAAUGGGCGAUUACGUUAUAUUUAAAAAAAAGGGGAAAAAAAUCCAAUUUAAUUAUUUUAAACAAUGAAAUUUUUUAUUAUUGGAUUUUUGAUUUUUCUUUUCUUAAACGAAUGACGAGGAGAUUAAUGGGCGUAGGCAAUUCAUUUUUUUUGUUGUGUGUGUGGAGCUUUUUUUUUUUUAGUUUUGUUGUCGAAAUAUUCGAGUUGCCUCCAUUGGUCUUGAUCGUUUUUUUUUUCUUAUUAAAAAAAAAAAAACAAAUCUCGUGUGACACGGAACAAUUAUUUGGUACGGGUUUCCAUCGACGCUUGAUUAUUAUUAUACAAGACGCAAGUGUUUAUUUGAAAAGAGAGAUGAGAUGAGCCAGCCAGCGAAAUCAGUGCAAUACUGAUAUGUCCAGCAAAAAAAAAACAAAACAAUGUCCAGCUAUUGCUUUUCGAUAUGUACUGUAUACACUCUCAACGUUUAUUCUUUGUCAAGGAAAACCAACAAACAACAGCAAAACAGAAAAAAACAUAAAAACAAAAUUCGUGCUUUGUAAUUUUUCCCCUCCUCUCACUUUGAUAUCUCUCUCUCUCUGUAUACAUAAUACCAAACCAUAAAGAAAAAUGGCCAAUGUUUUUUCCCUUUUUUUUUUUUUUUUUUAAUUGUUUCGCUAAAUUUUUGUGUGUUUGUAUCAUUUAAAAUCUUGACAUCUCCACGUUUAUUUGUUUCUAUUCUUUUCAUUUCCCUCCCCUUUUUUUUCCGUGUUUUGCGUGUCCCGAGGUGAUGUGUACAUAAUUUUGUAAAAUUGGUCACCCCACCCCUGCCCCCUUCGAUAUUUUAUUUUUUAUUUUUUUAAAGAAAGAAAGAAAUGCAACGAGAGACACACACACACAGAGAUUGAAACAAAAAAUUGAUAAUUAAUAAGAUUGUUUUAUAAAUUUUUUUUUUUCUUUGGGACGUUAUCGAAGCAGCUCGUAAACAAACAAAACAAAAAAAACUGUCUAUAAAUAUAUAUUUUUCAUUUGUUGCCGAACCCCCAUUUUCGCCGCGAAUGUCUUUCCAUUUUAGUUGUAAUUAAUUCCUUCCUUGUCCUUCCUUUAAUUAUCUUUUGAAACAAAUUUAAAAAUUUUUUUUUUUACGUGUGUGUGUGUCUAUCCUACCCAACAACAAAGAUUGUUGUUUUUGAUGUGUUUUUUUUUUUUAACAUUCACCUACCCCCCCCUUUUUUUUAAAUAUAACAGACGUUAAAAAGAGAAAAAAAAAAGAAGAUGAAAUAAGCCAAUGAUGAAAUCCUCCGUGUUAUUUGGGGUGAGAUAACAGUCCGAUCCAAGUUGAUUAAUGAAGUUGAAAUUAUAAAAAAAAAAAAAAAAAAUCAAAUUAUUUUGUCGUCUAUAUGCGUGUGUGUUGAUUUUGAAAACAGAAAAUCAGUCCACCUAUCUCUAAUGGCGUCACACAGAAUUAAAAAAACAAACAGAAACUUGUGUAUAGAAAACGUGCGUAAAGCCACGAUCGAAUGUGAAUAUUUUGAGAAAUUAAUUUUCGUAUUUUGUUGGGGGGAGAGUUGGGGAGGGCGGUGCAUAUUUGUGUGCAGGGUGACGAAAAUUCCAGCGCCCUCUUUCUUCGUGUGCCAUUUGUUUGUUCGUCGUUUCGGUCCGCCAAUCUGGAAAUGAUUUUCGUUUGAUUAUACACGAGUAAAAAAAAAUGAAAAAAAAAUUAUAAGAAUGAAGUAAACAGAUAUUGGGGUACAAUCAACUAUCUAUUUAUAAACGCAUCUUGCCACACACGCUGCUGCCCGCCUAAUAUAUAAAUAUAUAUUUGUUUCUCUCUUCUUUCCAUCUUUUUUUUUUUUAAUGUGGAACGGACCGAGAAAAACACACACACAAAUGAAGAGAAAAGAAAAACUUUAUGCGUCGCUUUGUAUUUCGAAUUUUGUCUGUGGUUGAACGGCAAUAUAUAAAUAUAUAUACCAUCCAUAAUGAA